UUUCAUCUCCGCUUCCCCCAGCAUGGCGCACCCCGGCGCACUCUCCCGCAACACACCAGAGGCUUCACUCCCCAGAUCCUACCCAGAAUCCAGCGACAACGCCCGCAAAUCUGCCGCCGUGCCCUCUGCAAACGCUGAUGCAGCAACAGCCAGGCGUCUCCCAGCUCUCCCCAAUGGCCCACACUCAUUCAGGACAGACACAAGCACACCAGCCGGCGAACUUGACAGUGCUUACGAACAGACAGCCACCAGACGGCGGAGAGCCGGUACCCGCUCGGAGCGGCCGUCAACCCAGCCAAAUACGGACAGUAAGGGUCAAAGGACAUCUUCCAGAACUGCACACCCUCGCAAACCACAUGAGCCUCGUCUUCCCUCCGCCAAAGACGUCCGCCGUGCACCAGCCUCGUCAAUGUACUUCUACCCAGCGCCGUGUUACGGAUCCCCUCCCAAUCAAGCCCUUCGAGCACAUACGGGAACACUGGUAGGAGAGCGUAUAUGGGUCAUUGGGGGAGUCGAUAAACAAACCUGUUUCAGAGACGUUGCUUGCUUUGACACGGAAAGUUUCAUGUGGAGCACCCUAGAGACACAAGGAGAGCGUUUCCCACCUUUACGAGCUCACACCACAACUCUUGUGGGUGAUAAGCUCUUCAUAUUCGGUGGGGGUGAUGGGCCUUCAUACAGUAACGAUGUCUGGAUUUUGGAUACGACUACCCAUCGCUUCUCUCGGCCAUCGUUCAGCCCGGACCUACCCUUGCCUCCUCCAAGACGCGCCCAUAGCACAGUCCUCUACCAGCACUAUCUGAUAGUCUUUGGAGGAGGCAAUGGUCAGACAGCUCUGAAUGAUGUUUGGGCCUUGGAUGUCUCCGAUCCUAACGCCUUGACUUGGACUGAAUGGAAGACCAAAGGCGAUAUCCCUCAGAAAAAAGGAUAUCACACUGCGAAUCUCAUAGGUGAUAAGAUGGUUGUCUUCGGAGGCAGUGAUGGCCAUGCCAGUUUUGCCGAUGUCCAUGUUCUGAAUCUCAAGACUUGUGUUUGGACUCUCAUUAACACUGACAUUAAACACAACCGUCUUUCACAUACAUCUACACAAGUGGGGUCAUACCUAUUUGUGAUUGGAGGUCAUAACGGACAGGCCUAUGCCCAAGAUGUCCUACUUUUCAACCUGGUGACAUUACAAUGGGAAAUGAAAUUGCCUCGGGGCGUCUUUCCCCCCGGCCGAGGAUAUCACGUAGCUUUAUUACAUGAUGCCCGGAUUUUUCUAUCUGGAGGUUAUAACGGAGAAACUGUCUUCGACGAUUUUUGGAUCUUAGACCUAAGCGCUAGUGCUUAUCUACCCCAAGUUACCACCUUCCAAGUUGAUGAAAAUCUGUACAAACGAUCAAUAACAGAGUCAUCUUCUCUCUGGCAAACCCAUUUAUAGCUGUAUUCGUAGCAGCCAUCUUGACGAUGAGGAUGAUCUUUUUGUCCAUGAUCAUAUAAAAUUGGCACAUACAUUAGCUCGUAAUAGAUCAGACUCGUAGUGGAUCAGACUUAUUUACCCCAUCAGCAUGAGGCACUGUACGGAUUUAGUUUGUAGUUGUAUUCUUAAAAUGACUGUGUUGAGGCAGCCCAUGCUUUAUGCCGCACUGUCUUCUAAAAAUAUUACAGAUCCGACACCCAAUACUACAACGGAUGCCUCUUUCUAUUUG